GAAGAGGGGUGGAACAUGUGUGUUUGCCAACCCCGUGGCGAACUACGUGUGGGAGGCAGAGCUAUGUGUGGUGGAGAAAAAAUUUAUUUGUGCCCGGCCACAAGGUACAUGUCCUGAUGGCUGGGUCAGUAAUGCUGAGAAGUGUUAUCAGGUCAACUCGGCAGCCAACGCGCAAACAACCUGGUUUGCAGCAAAAACUUUUUGUGAGAACCAGAAAACCAAGCUUCUCACCAUUGACAGUGACAAAGAAGAUGAUUUUAUACAAUCCUCGCUCAAUGAUCUGAAAAUACAGAGGACAUGGCUAGGCUUCUCAGAUGUAAACUCCCCCAACAUAUACCAGUGGAACAACGGGACCAUGAUAACCAGCGGCUACACUAACUGGGACACUAACUUCCCUGCACAGCACAGUUCAAAGGUCACGAACUGUGGCAUCCUACAGAUCGGCCCCAGCAGUAGCUCCUGGUCCAAUGGGUACUGUUUUGACCUGCUUCCAUUCAUCUGCAAAUCAGAACUUGUGAAGACUGUUAUUCAACAGAGCCCUCCACCAGUCACCCAGCACUGUGACCAAGGCUGGAAGCUGUUCAGGAACCAGUGUUACUAUUUUGGUCACUCGGACAACUCCACCGGCUACAGCUUCACCGAUGCUCACCACUACUGUGUCUUGAACGGAUCCGAGCUUACCUCCAUUACAGAUGCUUAUGAACAGUCAUUUAUCACAGUUAAUCAGGCCCAAAUCGACACAGCUUGGAUUGGUCUCAAGUACAGCGUCAUCAAGAAAACAGUUGUCCAGAUUGUGGACAACACACCUAUACAAUUCCAUAGUUUUUUCCCCGGUGAACCAGAUGAUGUCACCACUGGUUCUACAUGUAUUCGUAUUGUGGCAGGCAGACAGGACUACACUGGGUCAUGGGACGAUGGGAACUGUACCAGUAAACUAGACUUCAUCUGUAAGAAACAAGCAUACCCUGGACCUCCUUCUAUGACAACACCUCCUUCUACUACAGUUUUUGGCUGGUCAUACAAGUGUGGCCCAGACUGGAUAUACAACUCUCUGGACGACUACUGCUACCAGAUCAUUGACGACCACCCUAAGACCUGGCCUGACGCUCAGUGGGACUGUAACAGAAGGGGUGGCAACCUCAGCAGUAUUAGUGGCCCAAGGGAACAGAACUUUCUACAGGCGGUUCUUUCCUCUGGUCAGUUUGCCAACCUACCAUACAACUUCUGGAUAGGAGCCACAGAUGGGACAGUGGAAGGGGGCUGGGAGUGGGUAGAUGGCGGGCCAUUCGCUUUCUUCCACUGGGAUGCAGGUGAGCCGAAUGAGUCGGGUGUUGGUGAGGACUGCGUGGAGAUUGUGUCGAUGUGGGGUUACAGGUGGAAUGACAAACGCUGCGACAAACGAAACGCCUACAUCUGUAAAAAGUUAGCCGCCCCUACCAUGACGACACCGGGAAGUGCCACUCAGACUCCAUCCCAGACCUGUGUGGUAGAGCCGAUGAUCUCGGGGAACUACAGUCUAUUAGAUGCCAAUGCCCUGUCUGCCUCCACGAUACGAGCUCCGCGGAACUCAGCAGCCGACUCGCGCUACUAUAAAGGCAGUAGAGGUGGGUGGUCAUCAAUAAAUACCAACCCAGGUCAGUACAUCAUGGCCAAAUUCUACAACACUGUUGUGAUGAAGGGAGUGACCACUGUUGGGCGAUCAGAUGCAGAUGAAUGGGUUGUCAGUUAUAAACUACAGUACCAGUAUGAUUACUACUCGGAGUGGGUGUGGUACCAGGAACCUCCAGGGACUACCAAGAUCUUCAGUGGAAACCACGACCCAGACACACCCGUCACCAACCCGAUACAGUUUCCUAUAGAGGCCAGAGGUAUCAAACUCUUCCCAGUGUCCUGGCACCACGGCAUAUCCCUGCGCUGGGAGAUCCUCGGCUGCAUACAGGAUUUCUGUACCCCGGACUACAGCGUGAGUGGGCCACUGGUCGCUCCAGACACUGCCAUUACUUCAUCAACAAAUUCUGACCCCGCCCACUCAGCUGCAGCAGGCAGACUUCAUCCAAUCACAGCCAAUGCACCUCCGUCCUGCUGGCGUGCCCGGUCUUCGGACAGUAAUCUCCAAUGGCUGCAGGUUGACCUCGGGAAAUCUGCAAUCAUUCGAGGGGUGACCACAGCUGGUAACCCUGAUGCUCAAGAGUGGGUUGGUCAGUUCAAAGUCCUGUACAAUCUUGGAGGUCCAAGCCAUAAUUUCAACUACUACUCUGAGCCGUAUGGUCGUAUUAAGACUCUCCCUGGUAACACUAACAACAAUGAGACGGUGACCUACUUUUUUAAGGGACACUUCACAGCUCGCUUCGUGAGAGUGGAACCGGUCACGUUUCAUACCUGGGUAUCCCUAAGGAUGGAUAUUCUGGUUUGUGCUCUUGGGUGCAGUGGUGUGCCAUUGAUCAACGGAAAAAACAAGAUCAGUGACGAUCAACUGGCAGCUUCUUCCCAACUUGAUCCCGAGCACGGUCCAUUUCGUAGUCGCCUGAACGUACCUGCCAUGGGUCGGUAUGGAGGGGCAUGGACAGCCAAAUUCAAUGAUGCUAGUCAGUACAUACAGGCUGACUUUGGCAAUCUCAUCCAAGUUGUCAGUUUGGCCACCCAAGGUCGCCAGGAUCAGGCAGAGUUUGUGACCUCCUACAAUAUCAGCUACUCACAGGAUGGUAAAAUCUGGUACGCUUACGACGCAUUCACAGGACACGCUGUGACAUUUGUUGGUAACUGGGAUCACACAUCAGUGAGGAAGUACGACUUUACCUACCCUAUCAUGGCCCGCCUCAUCCGCCUGUGGCCGGUAUCCUACCACGGUCGCAUCUCUGUUAGGUGGGAGAUCUACGGCUGUCCAGGUGCUGACUCGGGAAUAAGUAUUGGUUGCUAUGCCGACGACCCUCUGCAUCGUGACCUGACUUUUGAACCCUACACUGACCCCAGUGUGGGGAUGUGGCCCCCAAUGUGUAUCCACCACUGCUUCAACAAGGGUUAUUACUAUGCUGGUCUGCAGAACCAGUAUAAGUGUUUCUGUGGUAACUCCUAUGGUCAGUAUGGUCCAGCUACAGACUGUACUCAGGCUUGUUUCCCUCAGACAACCUACCAUUGUGGAGGCCGUACCUCCAACCUCAUCUACUCCACCGGUCUAACCCCAGACUUCAAGGUGUGCCUUCCCAAUUGGACUGGCUACAAAGACAUGUGCUACUUCCUGAUGCUGGAUCUACAGACAUGGGCAGAAGCCCAGCACCAGUGUAAGGUGAUGGGAGGUGACGUGGCAACUGUCAACAGUCAGGCAGUUCAGGACCUUCUCUUCAGCCUCAUCAACGAGAAAAACAGCCAGGACAUAUGGAUAGGCUUGACCGACACUGUGGAAGAGGCUGUGUUUGAGUGGUCAGCAGGGGAACCAGUCAUGUAUACAAACUGGAAUGCAAACCAGCCUCAGAGUCCUACUAAUGUGGAUGAGGAUUGUGUCAGCAUGUCCAAUUCAACAGGGGGCUGGCAGGAUGAGGACUGUUACUCACACAAACAGUACAUGUGUAUGUCCCCCAAACAUGGCACGAACAAACCAACCACAACCCAGCCUGUCGUUGGCUGUGCUCCGGGGUGGAAGGCCUUCCGAUGGUCCUGCUACCUUCUUGUUGACAUGCCUAGGAGUUUCAUUGACGCAAACAAAGUCUGUCAUGACCACUCAGCUACUAUUGUGAGGAUUGAGGACAGAUAUGAACAAGCAUACGUGUCCAGUGUUCUGGCUAGUAAGACGGGUCAGUACUGGACGGAUGUCACAGACCUUGCUAGCCCAGGCACUUACAGAUAUUACGAAGAUGGCUCAGCACUCCAAUACACCAACUGGGGCCCAAACAAUCCAACUAGUAGCAGUCGAUGUGCAGCCCUUCAGGCCGGCGGUGCUAACAAUGGCCUGUGGUUUGAUGUUCUGUGUAACACAACAUCCAAGGUUGUUUGUGAGCAGACAAGGCGGGGGUUCACCACGCCCACUCGACCCCCAACUACCACAGGCUUCAUUCCCUGCCCAAUGGGCUGGUGGACCGAUUCUAACGAUCCUAACAGCUGCUUCCAGGUUAACAUCCAGCUACCAAAUAAGAGGCUUAGUUACCAGGAUGCAGAGGCUGACUGUAAAUCACAAGGAGCAGUGAUGGCGGUGUUCCACAACAGUGCUCCCUAUGACACCCUGUGGAGGAACCGAAUGGUAGGAACAAAUAAUGGAAACUUCUGGAUUGGACUGAAGUAUUCUGGACGCGCUGGUCAUGACGGUAAAAUAUUUUCCUGGGCGGACAAAUCUAGGGUUGACUUUGUGAACUGGAGUCCAGGAGAACCCAAUAAUUUCCACAAUGCUGAGAACUGUGUGGAGGUCAUAUACUCCUCGGGGAAGUGGAAUGAUUCCCCCUGUAGUCGAACCAAGAACUGGAUCUGUUCUAUCAGAAGAGGGACCACAUCCCGACCUAGAAUGACAAUGCCAACACCUCCUGCUCCACUAUAUAAUUGCCCUCACCAUGGGUAUGUGAGAUUCCCUUCCAACAACCACUGUUACCUGAUCCAGGAUGCCUCGGGAAACUAUGCCAAGUCCUGGCGAGAGGCUCGCACUUUUUGUCAGACUAAUGGUGGCGAUCUCGCCAGUAUUGGUACCAUUGGAGAGCAACGCUUCCUGGAGUUUCAGAUUGCCAAUACAUCCCAGAUGUUCCUGUGGAUUGGUUUCAAUGAAAUUGAUUCCCCAUAUGGCUACCACUGGUCCGACGGCACUGUUCCAUCGUUCAUCAAUUGGAACGACAAUGAACCCAACGACUACGGAGGUGCAGAGGACUGUGGCCAAAUUGCAGUUAAAAACGGGAAAUGGAACGACAAUCACUGUGCAACAAAGACGGGUUAUAUUUGUGAGAACGGACUUGUGUCCCACAAUGUCACCACACCGGCACCCAUCAUACAUGGCAACUGUCCUGCUGGGUUCAGGCCCUACGGCAACAAGUGUUUCCGGGUCUACACAUCUCUCAAAACCUGGCAAAAUGCCAGUCAAUUUUGUCAGGGCCUUGGAGGGAGGCUGAAAGGCUACCAUCUGGCCAGCAUUGCAAAUAAAUUUGAAAAUGCCUUUGUGACGACUUUACUAGGCGACCGGGGAGGAAUAAGCCCCUGGAUUGGUCUGUAUUUUUUCCAUGGUAAUAUUCGUUGGAUUGACAACACUGACCUAAACUACUCUAACUGGGACAGGGGAGAACCAAACGGUCACACAAGUUCGUCGAUGUGUACACGGCUAUAUGGCCGCCAACACAAUGCUGGACUCUGGGACGACUACAGUUGUAAUACCAAAAACCCCUUCAUCUGUGAAACAAAGAAAUUGACCAGCAUUAUAACACCAGAACCGAUGCCCAACAGCUGUCUAAUACACCCCGGCUUUAAAGCCUUCAUGUCGGACUGCUUCAUGUACGUCCCUACCAAAAUGAGCUGGGCCAACGCCAACGCGUUCUGUCAGAGCAAGGGCAGAAGUGUCUUCCUGGCCACCCUCACUAACAGGUUUGAACAGGACUUCUUCUUGCUGCUCAUUAACGACCCCUCCAUAAUCACCAAGUCAGGUGUCUGGAUCGGACUCCACAGCACUCAGGGUAACGGAACAUACACAUGGAUAGACAGCAAGUGGCCAGUACUCUACACCAACUGGGCUCAGUCCCAGCCAGCUGUGGCCACAGGCAGUCAACAGUGCGUGUCGUCCAGUCUGACCGGGGGUUGGGCCGUCAUGCCCUGUACUUUCCAACUCCCAUUUGUCUGCAAACUCAGUACAGCUAAUCCGCCUGUAACUCCUCCACCUCCAAAUGCCCAGUGUCCUGACGCAAAUUGGCUUUCGGAGGUAAAUGGGACACAUUGUUACUUAUUUAAGUUAAUGGACACCAAGACCUUCCUGGAUGCUACGCUGUCUUGCAGCAGACAACAAGCCACCCUCGUAUCCAUCAGCGGCAUCAGAGACAUCAUCAAACUGAAAACCUUAGUCGGGACCAUUACAACACAGAUUGAUGCUUUCUGGAUCGGGCUACAUAAAUAUGCUUCAUCUGGGUUCCAGUGGGCUGACAAUUCCCCUAUACCAUUUGUUUACUGGGAGAAAGGGGAGCCAUCAGGUCGAGAUGGACAGGGGAACGUGGAGGACUGUGUUGUCAUGCAAGCUUGGAAUGGAAAGUGGGAUGAUCUUGAUUGUGGUUUGAAACGUGGAUAUGUCUGUCAGAAAAACAAAGUUGCAGACCACAACAUUGUCACCAUUCCAUCUGGAGCACCGAACACAUCUCUGGCUAGUCCUACUAAGGCACCGACUCCAACACCAAGCCAACAAGGUCACAGUACACCCAAGGUCAUCGUUCACAGGUCCACCCCCCGGCCUCAGAUAAACCCACCCGUUCAUAUGUCCUCUAACCCAGCGGCCAAUACGAACCCAACCCGACCCAGGUUCACUCCAGUACCCACCGGCAGCUAUGGGCCGGGUGUAACACAGAAACAGGGAGCCUCCAACAGAAGUAGUGGUAUGGGAGGAGGCGGAAUAGCUGGGAUUGUGAUUGGUUGCUUGGCUGUCGUGGUCCUCGCGGGCGUAGGCGUUAUUCUGUGGAGAAGGAAACAGACGAGUGCCCCAGGGCCGGGCCUGGGUUUUGACAAUACAGUGUAUCAAUAUGACUCCAGAGAGGAACAUGGAGGAUUCACAGACUCAACAACUUCAGACAGAUGAGGAGUAUAGCUUACUGUUACUUAAGGUUAAUUAGAGAUGACUCGAGUACCUAAUAUGUAACGAGUGAGCUGACAUAUAUCCCAUUGGAAUAUUUACGUGAGGGAAAUUGUGAACAUGGAAGCAUUUUAUUAUCUGGGUCAUGGUGCAAUAUACUUGGAAAAUGAAAGUGAAUCAGUGCUUUUAUUUGAAAUGCAUAAUGUGGAUACAUAAUCUUGUAUUUCACCAAGACUGGAAACUCAAAAUGAAUUCCAAUUUAUAUACUAAUACAUAUCAGUAAAUGAAAUCCCAUGAAUGAAUGACUGUUUUAGGUGUUUACAGUGUAAUAUAUUCCUUCAUUGUUUCCAUAGUUUUGUGUCAUUAAAUGUGAAGACAAAAAUUCAUUUAUUUACAGGGUUUGAGGGUAUCCAGUGUUUUAUUGAAGCCUUAAAGAUCAAACUGCUGUUUAUCGGGAAAUUUUUCUGCAGUUUAUCGUUUGCCUUUUUUGUCCUCCAUAAUGAGGGCAAAAUCAUGACAGUGAAUAUUGAGUGCUCAGCAUACCAUUUAUAGUAAUUACAUCUGAAGGGAGAAACUAGCCCUGGGUGAACAUGGAUUUUAUCAGUGAAGGGUGAAUAUUUGAUGGGGCGAGAGUUACCCUGUACAAUGUGUUUGGAUGAAGCCCAACAAAAUAUUUGUUCCCAAAACCAGUCAACAACUGUUUUGUUGUUCUCCUAUUCAAACGUCGUCAAGUUAGUUCAGGUAAUUGUUCAAAUUAACAUAAAACAGUGUUUGGUUUUGUUACAUUUUUUCCUGCAAAAACAGCUGUCAAAUAGUUGCUGACAUCAUUUUUUACCACUAUUCCAUUCAAAUGUUCAAGCUACAAAAAGUCUGCAAAGACAGUCGGUCUAAUGUUCUCCAGGCUACAGGGCAACAGCUGCUAAAAAGUAGACCUUAAAAAGUUUGGUAGUGCAGUUUAAAUUCUUUUGUUUGAACACUUUAUGGGAAAAUUCUAUUCUUGAAACCUAUUCAGAGCAGAGAUUGUCUAUCAACUGUUUCACAGGGGUAUAACAAUACUGCUUAUUCGUGGUGAAAUUGUUUAUAUUACUCUUUCGUUAUUGAUGCUCCAAUUCUUGGUUUCUUUAAAAUAGUAUGUGUAUGAUAAAUUUGUAUAGAUAUUUGAAUAAAGGACAAGGUUAAAAUGAGCAACUUAACAUUUCACCAGUGAUCUGCAAUAUUAAGGCUGUUUUUAUUAAUUAUAAUUUACAAAAUAAGGUCCAUCUCACCUUGAAAAAUGAAUAUGCAAAAUUUUACCAUUUUAGCAUUUUUUCAUAGUAACAUCACAUUUCAUUUUGAGAUACAAUACAAUGGCUGAUUAUUCACCCACCAAUACUUCGGGCGGAAGGGGGUUGGAAGGUGGCAUAAAGGUUUUGCAUAUUUCACUCCAUCAGUCUAUCCUUUUUUUCGGGCAUAUCUUGCAUACUGUGUCAUAUCACCUAUGAGUGUUUAAUCCUACAUGGCAGUACCUCGAGGGAUGGCAGAGUGGUUGCAUUAUAAAAUAAGAUUUCACAUCAUUAUAUUCACAGGUUUGGCCUUUUGUUCAUGUUUGAAUAGGAGAAUUAUUGAUUUCUUGAAAUAUUCUACCUUGCAUUUUAUAGUGUCAAAGAAUUUAAACUUGAGGUUGAGGAUUUCUGAAUUCUUUUUGAAUUUCAAGACAUUGCAAGUGUAUUGGAAAAAUGUAAUUUAGUGACAGUUACGUAAAAUCAUCCACAAGUUACACUGGGAUAUGGUAGAGAAGCCUUGAGGUUACAAAACUCUAUACACAUCUAUUUAUUAGACUUGUUUGUGAUAUAUUUAAGUGCUAUGUUAUCUUAAAAUGUUUAAAGUGGAAUAUUAUUUUAUAAUUGUUUACAUGAUGGUUUUUGUAAACAACAUCAUAGAAGUUGGCUCUUUGAAAUGACCAUGUUAUUGAAAGUAAACAAAUUGUUGAUUGGUUGGUUGUGAAUCAAAACAUUUGUUGAUUGGUUGGUUGUGAAUUAAAACAUAUGUUGAUUGGUUGGUUGUGAAUCAAAACAUUUGUUGAUUGGUUGGUUGUGAAUCAAAACAUUUGUUGAUUGGUUGGUUGUGAAGGACAGGUAAAAUUGAACCUAUAGAAUAGCGCAUUAACUGGAAACUUAAUAAAAUUUGUCAUUGUAU